AUGGCUUCCAAGCCCUCCUCUUCUUCUUCUAAACACAGACCCUUCAUCAUAUUCCUGAUCAUCAUCUCUCUCCCUCUCAUUUUCCUUACCCUAUCAUUCAAACAAAAGCCUAAUAAAUUCAUCACCACCCCAAAAAUACUUCAAAUGGAAAACCAAAACCCUUUUCUUACCUGGUUCAAUAUCAUUGCCAAUGAAUUCAAAAAGGGUCAAAAGAUUAAGAUCGGUUUGGUCAAUAUAGGUGAUUUUGCUAGUACUAGUAGUACUGGUCCUGGUGGUGUAUGCAAAGUGCUCCGUGGACUUGCAAACACAGAAACAGUCACAGUCAAGUUUGAUCGAAUAAUGCCAGACGAUGGAAAUCGGACAUGGAAGGAGUUUUUCCCAGAAUGGAUCGAUGAAGACAAGAAAUGGGGGACACCGAGAUGCCCGGAAAUCCCAAUGCCGAGGUUCGAAGAUUACCGGGGACUGGACGUGGUGGUGGCGAGAGUUCCAUGUGGGAAUGGGACAGAAAAGGAAGGGAUUAGAGAUGUGUUUAGGCUGCAGGUUAACCUUGUGGUAGCUAAUCUGGCUGUUGAGAGUAGUUGGGUGAAUCCUGAUAUUCAUAGGAAUGUUUAUGUUGUGUUUAUAGGUUAUUGUGGGCCCAUGGUAGAGAUUUUCAGAUGUGAUGAUUUGAUGAUGCACAGAGGUGAGUAUUGGGUGUAUAAGCCUGAUAUGAGCAGACUUAAACAGAAGGUUCUUAUGCCUCUUGGGACUUGCCAAAUUGCUCCUCCUUUUGCAAAAACAGGAAAAGAGCGAUGGCGAAAUUUCAUCAUGUCACACUCCAAACUACAAUUUCUCAACAACAAUAAUGCCACAAUAUUUCUUCCUCGUCCAAGAUAUGCCUACGCUACAAUCCUUCAUUCUUCAGAAUCAUACAUCUGCGGCGCAAUUUCUUUAGCGCAAAGCAUUCGUCUCACCGGUUCAACCAAAGACCUUAUUCUUCUCGCGGAUGAUUCCAUUUCAUUCAAUUCCACUCUAGCUCUUCGAGCUGCAGGAUGGAAGAUCAAACGCAUUCAUCGAAUUCGAAGUCCUUUCUCUCGAAAAGGGACUUACAACGAAUGGAACUACAGCAAGCUUCGUAUAUGGCAGCUCUUCGAAUACGAAAAGGUCAUCUUCAUAGAUGCUGACCUUCUUGUUUUGAGAAACAUAGACCAUUUCUUCACUUACCCUGAGCUAUCAGCUUCAGCAAACAACAAGUUCUUAUUCAACUCAGGUGUAAUGGUGGUGGAACCGUCAGCUUGUUUGUUCGAAGAUUUGAUGUUGAAAAGCUUCAAAUUGGAAUCCUACAAUAACGGAGACCAAGGUUUUCUUAAUGAGUAUUUCACUUGGUGGCAUCGAAUGCCGGCCAAAUUGAAUUUUCUCAAGAACUUUGAGCAUGGAAAGCAUGAGAUUCCUGAUAAUGUUUUUGCUGUGCAUUACUUGGGUUUGAAGCCAUGGAUGUGUUAUAGGGACUAUGAUUGUAACUGGGAUUUGUUGCACCACCAUAGAUUUUCAAGCGACUCGGCUCACAGGAAGUGGUGGCAAGUUUAUGAUUCCAUGCCCCUGGAGCUUCAAACUUAUUGUGGGCUAACAAGGAAGAUGGGUGAGAAGUUGAAGUUGCUGAGAGAGAGAGCAAGGAAUUAUGGUGAUUUUCCAGAUGGGCAUUGGAAGAUUGAGGUUAAGGACCCUAGACAAUAUCAUUAUGUAGAUUAG